GCAAACCUGUGUCCACUGACCUCUGUACUGCCCGAGCUUUAUGGGCAGGUUUUACAGCCCUGGCCUAACCUUUGUGCUGCCUCAGUCCCCACAGGAGCUGCUUUAGCUGUGGCAGGGAUAGCUCAGGGUGCACUGCUCUACAGACCCGUUUGUAACCAGCUUCUGUGGCCUUAGCUGGACUUGGCAGGACAGGGCUGAAGGUGAAAACACGAUCCCUGGAUGGCAGGCUCCAAGUAUCCCACAGGAAAGGCCUCCCCCAUGUGAUCUACUGCCGGCUGUGGCGCUGGCCGGACCUGCACAGCCACCAUGAGCUGCGGGCCAUGGAGAUGUGCGAGUACGCCUUCAACAUGAAGAAGGAUGAAGUCUGUGUCAACCCCUACCAUUACCAAAGAGUGGAAACCCCAGUGUUGCCCCCGGUGCUGGUGCCCCGGCACACGGAGAUUCCGGCCGAAUUCCCGCCGUUAGACGACUACAGCCACUCCAUCCCAGAGAACACUAACUUCCCAGCAGGUAUCGAGCCCCAGAGCAACUACAUUCCAGAAACCCCUCCUCCAGGAUACUUGAGUGAGGAUGGAGAAACCAGUGACCACCAGAUGAAUCCCAGCAUGGAUGCAGGUUCUCCAAACUUAUCACCCAACCCCAUGUCUCCAGCACACAAUAAUCUGGACCUGCAGCCCGUCACCUACUGCGAGCCGGCCUUCUGGUGCUCCAUCUCCUACUACGAGCUCAACCAGAGGGUGGGAGAGACUUUCCACGCCUCCCAGCCCUCCAUGACCGUGGAUGGAUUCACCGACCCGUCGAAUUCCGAGCGUUUCUGCCUGGGUUUGCUCUCCAACGUGAACAGGAACGCCGCCGUGGAGCUCACGAGGCGACACAUCGGAAGAGGAGUCAGGCUCUACUACAUCGGCGGGGAGGUGUUUGCCGAGUGCCUCAGUGACAGUGCCAUCUUCGUGCAGUCCCCCAACUGCAACCAGCGCUACGGCUGGCACCCUGCCACUGUCUGCAAGAUCCCCCCAGGGUGCAACUUGAAGAUCUUCAACAACCAGGAAUUUGCUGCUCUGCUGGCUCAGUCAGUGAACCAGGGCUUCGAGGCCGUGUACCAGCUGACCAGGAUGUGCACCAUCAGGAUGAGCUUCGUCAAGGGCUGGGGAGCAGAGUACAGGAGGCAGACAGUGACCAGCACUCCCUGCUGGAUCGAGCUGCACCUCAACGGCCCCUUGCAGUGGCUGGACAAGGUCCUCACCCAGAUGGGCUCCCCCAGCAUCCGCUGCUCCAGUGUCUCCUAAGGAAACUCCUCCUGGGGGAACAAAGACUCCGGAAAACCCUUAGCAAAAGGCAUAGUCAAACAAAUUCCCAGUUAUUCAAGUUGAUAAAGAAAAAAACAAUCUGCUCUUAAAAAAAAAGAAAAAAAGAAAAAAAAGUGGGUUUUCUUUGUUUUGUCGUUUUUUUAAACACCCUGUCUAAGCCACUUCCACUGAAACCGUCGGCACUUUGGUUGGGAUGCUCCCAUUGCGGUUGGGAUUUGGAGCUGGAGUUUAUCCUGAUAAAGGACUGGAUAGUGCUGUGCCUCCCUCUCUGUGUGAGCACACAGGAGCCACCACAGCUCCAAGGAAACUUUCCCUCUGCCUCACACAACUCCAGGCCGUGUCCCGCUGUGGGAUGAGUCCUGCUCUGGGAUGACUCCUGCUCCUGCCUUUCCCGUGUCAUCCACCUGAUCCACACCUGGAAUUGCAGCAGGGGGGGAGAGGAAGCAUUUACAGCACCCAAAGGAACAGAUUCCUCCAGUGAUGUUCCUAAAAGGAAGGAAUUUCCCACACUGCCACCGAGGAG